UUGGAAAAAAAUUGUAUCAAUUGUAAAGUUAACCGUUUACUGUGGUGAAAAAGUGUAGAAAUAAAUGUUUUAUUGAAAAUUAAAACAAUUGAUUAUCAGUGACCUAUUAAACAUGUGAAUGCUUUAUAUUUUCGUGAUAUACGUCUAUUUGCAAGAUCAACAAUGAAUACUGUUAACGGAAUAAUUUACACAUUUUCGUCCAGCAACUCCUCAACUCCGGCGGACGAGGGUUGUAUGUUAGUAAAUACGUCCCAGAAUGUUAUUAUUACCGGGGCUUACAACGGGAUACCACAAACGUUAAUCCUUAACGUGAUAUCUUGGACGUGUCUCAUCGCUUUGUUCACAAUACUGCGACGUACGGCUUGGAACUAUGGCCGUAUGGCACUAGUCCAGCGUUCAAGAAAUCGUUGGACUAAUUUAUUCUACCGUGGCGCCGACGGCGAUUCGCUCGUCGAAAGGCGGCGAAGUCAGGACGAGGCUUCAACCAUCGACGAAGGAUUCUUUGCGUGGCUACCGGCCGUCUUCCGCCUCACGCGCGAGCAGGUUCUUGCGAAAUGCGGCCCGGACGCGGUUCACUACCUUUCAUUCCAGCGACAUGCAAUAACACUAAUGUUUAUUGUUACAAUUGUGUCUAUUGGGAUCAUAUUGCCCAUUAACUUUCAGGGAACAAACUUACAAGUUGAUGCAAAUACAUUCAGUAGAACAACUUUGACUAAUUUAAAUGGAAGGUCCUUAUGGCUUUGGGCACAUACAUUGAUUAGUAUUUGUUUUCUGCCAAUUUCAGUGCUAAUUAUGAGAAGAUGCACUGGACGCAAACCCGUACCUACCUCUAUGACUGGAACUGUUAUGAUAACUAAUAUAUCCAAAGGUGAUAGAAAUGAGGCGACUAUCAGAGCAUAUUUCACGCACAACUUUCCACAUAUUCAAAUAGUUGACUUACGUCUGGCAUACAACAUCAAUAAGCUUAAUGAAGUUCAAGAGAAGAAGGAAAUGGUUACAGAAGCUCUCAUUUACACUGAUACAUAUUACAAAAAGACUGGGAAAAGAAUAACUGUGCGGAAGGAACUAUGCGGUCCCGAGGUUGAUGCAUUGGAGUAUUACACAAAUGAAGAAAAGCGUCUCAAGGAUGAAGCUAAAAGGUGCCGUGCUAUGGUUCUUAAUGAUCCACUUGGCAUUGCAUUCCUGACGCUACCAUCAUACCAGCUGGCUGAACAUGUUAUUAACAACUUUAAUUUGCACCGUGGCUGGGUGCUCACACAUGCUACAAACCCUUCUGACAUUGUGUGGGAGAACCUGAGCGUACAACCCAGUGUUUGGUAUGUUAAAGCUAUAAUUGUCAAUUUUGCCCUCUUCAUUGUUCUAUUUUUCCUAACAACACCAGCUAUUAUAGUCAAUCUAUUUAACACAUUGGUUGUUAAACCUGACUCUUUGAAUAGAAUUAGCAGUAUUAUAUUUGAAUUUCUUCCGACCCUGUUGCUGUGGACCAUGGCUGCAGUGAUGCCAGCGAUUGUAGGCUUUACCGAUAAAUUCCUCUCGCACUGGACCAAAUCUCAACAGAACUACUCGAUAAUGACAAAAACCGUAUCAUUCUUGUUACUCAUGACUUUGAUAUUGCCAUCUCUAGGAUUGGCCAGUGCUGAAGCUUUUGUUGCGUGGACAUUACACCACGAGAACGAUACAAUGCGAUGGGAUUGCGUAUUUCUACCCGACAAAGGCGCCUUUUUCGUUAAUUACGUCAUUACGUCUGGCUUUAUUGGUACUGCACUUGAAUUGAUUCGCUUCCCUGAAUUGUUCUUAUAUGUUUGGUAUCUCUUGCAGUCAAAGUCGAAAGCUGAAAAGAGUUAUGUUAAAAAAGCUAUCCUUUACGAGUUUCCAUUCGGUGUACAUUAUGCAUGGAGUUUGGCUAUUAUAUCUAUCACAAUAGUGUACAGUCUCGCUUGUCCACUGAUUUCCCCCUUUGGCCUGAUAUACCUGCUGUUGAAGCACAUAGGCGACAAGCACAACUUGUACUUUGCUUACGGGCCAAGCGACAUGAGCGGGGUCGGGGGCGGGCGAAUCCACGCUGCGGCCGUGAGGAUGGUGCGAGUAUCCGUGUUACUGUUACUCGUGAACAUGGCGGCGUGGGCGGGCCUGCGUUCGGGCUUCGAGGCGCGCACUAUAAUUCUAAUUAUGGCAUCGAUUGUCGCGUUCGGUACUUUCCUGCUGCUCAGUCCAUUUCCGAGUUGCACGCCGCCGGCGCCGCUGCAGGCUGAGACAAGUGUGCGAUUCCAGGAGUACGUGGCUCCCGUUCUAUUGAAACCGGUCGACUCUACCCCGGUAUCGACGCCCUCUACCCCUGAUUACGGCGCUAAUUCACCUGUUAUUAAUCCUACUUAUAACCCCAACCCUAUAAACAUAUAAUUUUUUAGUUUAGCAAAAUUAAUAAUAACAAAGAUAUCAUUUAU